UGGCAUCAUAAGUUGAAAACAAAACAGUAACUGAGUAGCAAAAAAGCUCCAUCAAAAACCCCAAUUGCCCCCACACUACUACUUACUUGCUCAUCAUCAAUCAAUGCUUCAACCACACUUUUGUAACAACAACAGAAAACCUCACACUAAUCCAUCCAACGAAACCUUUCAUUCUCUUUCCAAGUUUUCAACAUUCCCCAAGAAAGAAAAGACAGCAACUUUAAUUAAAGCUUCUUCUUGAGUUGUUACUUCAGUUUCCAAAAGCAAACAAGAAGCUAUGAUGAUGAAGAAGAAGAAAGGCACCAACUUUAAGCUACUCUGUUUACUUCUGUUCCUGGGUUUGAUCCAGACAAACGGAUUCGGCAUUGGAGUUGGGGUAGGAAUCGGCGGCGGAGACGGAGACGGUGACGACGGAGUUUGGAUCGGUGCCGGCGGUGGAAACCCUAAUUCCAAUCCUGGCUCAGCUCCAAAGCAGCAGACAACAAAUGCAGCUUACAGAGCUCUUCAAUCUUGGAAAACCGCAAUCACAGAGGAUCCAUCAGGUUUUCUAAAGACAUGGGUCGGCGAAGAUGUCUGCUCAUACAGAGGCGUGUUCUGUUCUGGCUCCUUUGUUACCUCAAUAGAUCUAAACAAAGCGAAUCUCAAAGGCACCAUUGUCAAAGACCUCUCUUUGCUCUCGGACCUAACCAUUCUCCAUCUCAACAGCAACAGAUUCUCAGGUCAAAUCCCAGAUUCUUUCAGGAAUCUUGAUUCACUUCAAGAACUCGAUCUCAGCAACAACGGGUUCUCCGGUUCUUUCCCUCAAGUCACACUCUACAUCCCAAACCUGGUUUACCUCGAUCUCCGGUUCAACGAAUUCACCGGCUCUAUACCGGAGAGUCUCUUCAACAAACAACUAGACGCGAUUCUCCUCAACAACAACCAGUUCACCGGAGAAAUCCCCCGGAACCUCGGUUACUCCACAGCUUCGGUGAUCAAUCUCGCCAACAACAGAUUAUCCGGCGAAAUACCGACGAGUUUCGGCAUAACCGGUUCGAAAUUGAAAGAGGUUCUGUUCUUGAAUAACCAAUUAACCGGUUGUAUACCGGAAUCAGUUGGUUUGUUCUCCGACAUUGAAGUCUUCGACGUUAGUUUCAACUCCUUGAUGGGUCAUGUCCCUGAUACGAUCUCUUGCUUGUCGGAGAUUGAGGUUUUGAAUCUCGGCCACAACAAAUUCUCCGGCGAUCUUCCCGAUUUGGUUUGCGCUUUGAGGAAUCUGAUAAACCUCACCGUUUCUUUCAAUUUCUUCUCUGGGUUUAGCUCCCAGUGCUCGAGUCUUAGCGUCGGGUUUGAUUUCACCGGGAAUUGUAUUCCCGGUAAAGGUUAUCAGCGGUCGCAGCCGGAUUGUUCUGCGAUUCCCGGCGGCCAGUUGAGUUGUCUUAGGAUUCCGGCGCAGCCGUUAACUUGUGCUGGGAUUAGCGUGGGAUUGAAGGUGACGAAGUCACCAUGAGAACACAAAGUUGGAAGCUUUUGUUUAUUUUUAAAGUUUCUAUUGGGUUAUGCAAUGGUGCUUUAAUUUGUUAUGUUUAAUAGAAGAAAAUGGGUUUUUAUCAGUUUACGUUAUUAAUCAACUGAUUUUAGUAGAAACAAAUUGGAAAGCUUAUCUCUGAUUUUGAACACUUUUUUUUGUUUUUGUUUUUGUAAUGUGAUGAUCUUUCUAAAAAAAGAAAAGUUGUUGUUGACCCUAAUGAGCAAAUAUUUGUUGGGAUGAA